UCAAAUUAUACAUAUUUUCUAACUAGCUGCAGUAGGAAAAGAAAGUACAAUGCGCUAAUUUUUUUUUUCAAUUCUUGUCCGUUUACAGAGCAGCAUUACGCAGCAGCUGAUUCCAACAGUUCGACGCCCGCUAAGAGCUUCGUACCCUGCAAGGUCUGCGGUGACAAGGCGAGCGGCUACCAUUACGGCGUUACCAGCUGUGAGGGUUGCAAAGGCUUCUUCAGGAGGAGCAUACAGAAGCAGAUAGAAUACAGGUGCUUGAGGGACGGCAAGUGUCUCGUCAUCAGAUUAAAUCGGAACCGUUGCCAGUACUGCAGAUUCAAGAAGUGCCUAGCCGUCGGCAUGUCCAGAGACUCCGUGAGAUACGGCAGGGUGCCGAAACGCUCGAGAGAACGCGGUCCCGAGGACACGAUGGCGACGACCAUGACGACGACGACGACGACGACGACGAUGGCGGCCAUGGAGAUGCAGCAACUAAGCACGCCCGACACCGGCAACAACAACGCCAGCAACAAGAACAACAAUAACAACAACAACAACAAUAACAAUAAUAACAACAACAAUAACACCCAGAGCCAGAACGCGAUCUCGCGGGUACCGUCAGCGGCGGUGGUCGAGGCCGAUCAAUCGGACGCCGACGUGAAGCAGCUGGCCGUAUACGAUGUGAUUCAUCAGGUCUCGCAGGCACAUCACGCUCACUGCGGCUUCACGGAAGAAUCCACCAGGGGCCUCACGAGGAAACCUAUGAUAAUACCGCCCGCGAGCCCGGAAGAUCCGGAAGCGGCAUCCUCGACCGCGGAGACGGUCGAGUCGCAGAGGAUCUGGCUGUGGCAGCAAUUUGCCACGAGGGUGACCCCGUCGGUGCAGAGGGUGGUGGAGUUCGCGAAACGAAUGCCGGGAUUCUGCGAACUCUCACAGGAUGACCAGCUGAUCCUAAUCAAAGUCGGCUUCUUCGAGGUGUGGCUCUGCCACAUCUCCAAGAUGACCACCGACAACUCGAUGACCUUUGAAGACGGCACCUACUUCACCCGCCAACAGCUGGAGCUGAUGUACGAGCCCGACUUCGUGACUGCGCUGAUGCAAGUCACGUCGUCGCUGAACGCCCACCAGCUGACGGAUACCGAGCUGGGCCUAUUCUCGGCGGCGGUGCUGCUGAACGAGCGGCCAGGACUGAACGACGUCAAGGCCGUACAGAGGCUGCAGGAUCGCGUACUGGAAGCAUUGAGGGUGCAAGCAACGCGACCUUCCGGCGAGAGUGCCGGCGGCACGGCCGGAACCGCGAUCACCAACGUCUCGCAGAGGAUACCCGAGCUGAGAGCGCUCGGCGCCCGGCACGCCAAUCUCCUGGAUUGGUUCCGUAGGAACUGGACGAAGCUCAAGUUACCGCCGCUGUUCGCCGAGAUAUUCGACAUUCCCAAAUGCGAGGAGGACUUACAAUGAAAAGCAGCCUCUGUAAGCGACAGCGAGGUAAUUCGAGACCAAUGAUGCCGCGGUGUCGGCGAGAAACCGAGUCGUCACCAGCGCUUAUCGGGGCCGUUCUGAAUACUUAGAAUCGUUCGUUUUAACUCAUAGAGUUAUCGAAACCCAUCUGACACGACACGAGAUUCGAACUGCGAAUUGAGGAACGGUUGAAACGAGGAAUGACGCAUGCCUGUGAAGAUUGUCUGUGUGUCACAAAGGAUAUUGAAAAAUUAAAAGAAAAAACGAAGACGCGACUGUCGACGUCGAUUCUCGUUGACCUGUCGCGAGAUAUCUCGGUCGUUCAAAGUCAGUAAGGGAGCAUUCUCGAAAAUCGAGGAAUCGCGAAAGACUUGCCGUACCCGAAAAUUCAAAGGGAUGAAGGAAGAGAAUUACGCAAUAUUAUAUAUCGUCGACGAUUUGAACAGCGAAAACCGAGCAGUGGACCCUUACCGUGAACUUCUCGCGGCGAUCUCUUUUAGGGAGCUCCCCCAGGAUGUUUUGAUCGCUCCGCUCAGCGGAUAAUGGAGGAUGAUCUCAAGAGAGAGAGACAGAAGAAAAGAUCACCUUAAAAGGGGCUGCGCAAGCAAUAAGACGGAAUCUCCUCUAUACGAGCGCCGCGCAAGCUCGGAGGAAAUCACAGGCGCAAUUUGCUCAAAUUUAAUGGAAACGGCUUUGUACUAUUCGCCAGGCAAUAGCACACACGCAUUACGGUAGGCGCGUCUCCCAAGAACGGGCGUAUAUAUGGUACUUGAAAUACUCAGUUGACGAUGAAAGGAAUUUUCGCGCCGCUUUGCCAACGAGCCAAGUAAGGGUUGGCUGUUUUGAGGACGCGAUGAGAGAACAAGCACAAAAUAAGCGUAAUAGAGUCAUGGACGUCCGUUCGUGCUCAAGAUUCUGUGGUCUUUUAUUUUUUUUUCUUUUCUUUCUGUAUCUUCAAAUAAUUCUAAGAUUUAAGAAUAUAUAUGUAUAUAUACAGCGUGCGCAGUACACCCGUCUGAGCGGCUAGAAUGAAAAUCGGCCAAAUGAUAGCAUCAGAAACACCAACUAUACUCAACGGACAUAUCAGAAAUUAAGAUUACAAAGUGUUCCCUCGUGUAUUAAGCGUUGCCGAGCACGUACGUGUCUCUUGCAGGUAUCGCGGCCAGCAUAGUUGCAACGAGUUCGAAUUUCGAUGUUGUCGCGAGACGCGUGAAAAAGAAUUUGUUUCACGAUGUAUUUCACGGCGAAUGAAAAGAGCUUAACAAAUUUCUCUUCGAAAGAAAACAGAAUAUCGGAUGUUUCUUAUUUUAUUUGUUACAAAUAUAAUUAAAAUUCAAAUAUUAAAAAGCUAUGAGCCAAGCAAAGUAUAUAUCUAUGGGAUUAAAACUAUAUUUAAUAUAAAAAUUAAAAAGUACAAAAAGAAUAGAUAUUUCGACUUUACAUUAAGUCAUUCUCAAUGUUAUAUAUUAAUUAAAAAUUGACAGUAAAUAUUACAAUGUUAUUUUUUUAAAUUUAUUAACAACACUUACAAUUAUAUUUUAUAGUUAUAUACAUUUAUAAUAGGACAGAUGCUUUAAUUAUAUAUUGGUACUUGUAAAACUAUUAUGUAAAGGAUUUAAAUUCCACUCAUUAGAUUCUUGAAUUGCUAAUUGACCAAUCGAGAUACAUUUUUUCCAACAUCGAAAGUCAAACUUGUUACCGUUUUCAAUCCCCGAUUCGUUGCGACAACGAGAUGAUAAUGAAUGAUUGUACAGCCGCGUAAAUCUAACGAAACACGCGUGUACGAUUGAGCAGCAAGGCUCGCGCGACAUAAGUGCGAAGCAUACAUAUACGCAUACAGCAGCUAUGAGCUUACGUGUGUAAUUAAAGGCGCGUGGGCGCUGAGAGGAAAGCAUAUACAAAUUUCAUUGCUGUAAGGCUCGAGAGAAAAUCUUUAUAGAACGUAUCUUCUUAUAGGCGCAUCUGCUACGAAUUUCAAUCUAUGCAAUCUCUAUUUUUAUACUCGACAAAUAGAAUAGCGAAUUAUAUCUCGAUAUAUACAUAUAUAUAAUUAUAUAAUUAUAUAUAAUUAUGUAAUUAUAUACAAUUAUAUAUAGAAUUAUAUACAUAUAUCGUCGCGCGACGCUUCGGGAGGCCGUUCCGGGCGGAAGCGCGCAAGAAAGCGUACCAGAACGCAGAAACGGCGAUUCGGAUUAAAGUUCCUCAAUUAAUCGCGCGGAAAAUUAAUUGCACGUCUACUUGUCGCGGCGAAACCGUGUCUGUGAUCUGUAAACUGCGCAACCCUCCUCCCGAGAGAGAGAGAGAGAAGACAGCGAACGCGAACGCGACGAGUCCAGCACUUUACACGUGCGUACAAAAAUCUGCGGAACAACGCGUAUCGGCGAUACAUGUGCAUACACACGAUACUCAACACACACGCACGUACACACACACACACACGCAACGUCCAGGGAACUCUAAACAUGAACUCGCAUUUCCGCGCGGAACGAUCCUGCGGCGAGCGCGACCGAACUCUUCAAACUUUAAACACUAAUAAACUUUCUGACAAUGACUAGCGUAUAAUGCAUAACGAUAUGUAAUCGCAGAGAGCAUGCGCGCGCGCGCGCGUGUGUGUAUGUGUAUGUGUGUGUGUAUGCGUGUGUGUGUGUGGGUGUGUGCGUGCGUGUGCGUGCGACGUGUGCGCGCGAGAGUGCAUCGAAAUACUCAUCCGUGGAAUAAGAGAGCAGAAAAAAAAA